AUGAAUCACGAACAGCAGACUAACAAUAUUUUGAACCAGAAUACAGCAUUUCAAAACAAACUCUCCUCAAUACUCCUCCUGUUCUUCAUCAUCACCAUCACCAGACUCAGCUCCAACCUCCUCAUAAUCCUUCUCCAGAGCAGCCAAAUCCUCCCUGGCCUCCGAGAACUCACCUUCCUCCAUACCCUCACCCACAUACCAAUGCACAAACGCGCGCUUCGCGUACAUCAAAUCAAACUUGUGGUCAAUCCUCGAGAACACCUCAGCAACGCUAGUCGAGUUAGAAAUCAUGCACACAGCCCUCUGCACCUUGGCAAGGUCUCCACCUGGGACCACAGUCGGAGGCUGGUAGUUGAUGCCACACUUGAAGCCAGUCGGGCACCAGUCGACAAAUUGGAUGGUCCUCUUGGUUUUGAUGGUGGCCACAGCUGCGUUUACAUCUUUCGGGACCACAUCACCACGCAGGCCAUGUAUUUCCCGUGGCGCGGGUCGCACUUGACCAUCAUUGACGAGGGCUCAAAGGCCGUGUUGGCCUUCUCGGCUGAGAUUACGGGGGCAUAUGAGGAGAGCAUGAAGUGGAUUCUUGGGUACGGGACAAGAUUUGUCUGGAACUCGUUUACAUCAACAUUCAAGGCGCCGUCGAAUCUCAGUGAAGCCGUCAGGGAAGAUAUCACCUGGAAAAAAAGGUCAACAAACACUGCACGAGGGACGUGUUUGCCUGCACCAGUCUCGCUGAAGAAUGUGUUGAAGGCAUCAUCACCUCCACCAACAGUGGUAUCACUCGGCAUUUGUCCAUCAGGCUGA